AUGGAGAAGAGAAGGCUCCAGGGCGACCUGAGAGCGGCCUUUCAGUAUCUAAAGGCUAAAUUUUGGCGAUGAAGCAUCCUGCAAAAAACGAGAGGAUUAUUUGGAAUGGCCUGAAUAUUUUAUGGCAGUCGCAUUUUUGUCAGCACAAAGAAGCAAGGACCCAAGUUCUCAGAUUUAUCUCAGAAGUUCCUUUUCCUCACCUGCAAGAGUAUAAAAAUUCCUUCUCGUUUGAUAUUGGAUUCAAGUUGUCUCUCCCUCCAUCCUUUACUUUGCUCGUGUACCUCUCUUGCCCUUGAACAUUGGUUGGAGGUGAUAGAUAAUCUCUCAUGAGACAUACAGUUCUGCAGGGCCCGGACAACCUGUUGGUAUUUCUUUCCCUGAAAAAUUUCAGGAAGAGAACCUCAACGAAGCAAUGGAUUAAAAUGCAUGUAAAUAGUCUGCUCAGUGACUUGCUGGCUUCUGUAUGUUGUGGCUAUCAGUUAUCUGAAGCAUGUUUGUUUAGGGCUACAUUCUUGUUUACCCAGUGCCGGUUAAUAAACACAUUGUGUAAGUUAAAAUCAAUGCUAUUGCUAUUUCAGUACAUCUAAAAUAUGGACAGAAAACUUAAAAUUCUUCAUCACUUCCUCAGUCUGAAAGAAGGACUUCGUGCAGAUUUGGAUUAAAGUAGUAGAAGGUGGGAGUUAAAGUGUGAAGUCGUUUGGUGUGUGUUUGCAUAAACAAGCCACACGGGUUGAGUGCUUUUCUCUAUCUAGGUAAGAACUACCACAUUUUUGUUCAGUCUUCCACCCAUUUUCUUUAGCUCCUGCUGCUGCUUAUAUUGCCACUGGAAAAGCUAGUUUGGGGAGCUGAACUGACAGAAAACUUGUAUUCAGAACUGUUAGUUGUGUGCUGGUUCUGCUCCUGAACUUGGUUCACUUUGUAGUCAGACAAGGAGCAGUGCUGGCAGACUGAGUUGGAGACCGCAUGGCUAGAGGGUAGCAGGCUCGCAUCUGCCCUGGUCUGCCAGUUAGGUACAAUUGUGACCUUAUUUGUUGUACUUUCGACUUUGCUCAAGACAGUGUGACUUGUAUAAGGUAAAGCUCAUAUCACUUAAAUUUGUAGGACUGACUUUUCAGGUCUUACUUUCCUUCUUGAUAUAUAAUUGUGCAUGUUGUUGGUGCUAUGUAAGUCUUAUUUUUUUCAGGUUGGUGCCUGUAUUGUAAAUUCAGAAAACAAGAUUGUUGGAAUCGGGUACAAUGGGAUGCCUAACGGCUGCAGCGAUGAUGUACUGCCUUGGACAAGAACAGCAGCACAUAGAUUAGACACAAAGUAUCCUUAUGUGUGCCAUGCUGAAUUGAAUGCCAUCAUGAACAAAAACUCAGCUGACGUGAAAGGGUGCAGCAUGUAUGUUGCCUUAUUUCCAUGUAAUGAAUGUGCAAAGCUCAUCAUCCAGGCAGGCAUAAAGGAAGUUAUUUUUAUGUCUGACAAGUAUCAUGAUUCUAUCGAAAUGACAGCGGCACGACGGAUGUUUGAUUUAGCUGGUAUUGUAUACAGGGAAUUCAAGCCAAAAUUUAACAAGAUCAUCAUCGACUUUGAUUCAAUUAACAGCAGACCAAGUCAAAAACUUCCCUGAAUUAAGUCCCAUUAAAUCUCUAGAAGACUGUGAUUAUCCUUCUCUAAAAAGCUGCUAAUGCCUUUCAUCUUGAAGUUACUUGCAACUUUUUAAUGGCUUCUGUAGCUAAAGUAGACUUCUAAGAAAUGUAAGGCAUAAAAUGUUUCCUUCACUUCAUCUUGUCAUGUGGAAUCUAAAUCAACUUAAAUUUUUUUAAUGCCUUUAUCAAAUCUGCUUUAAAAGUCUAGAGACAUGUAGAUGAGACAGUAUAAUGCAUGUACAGAAAACUGUUCUGGUUCUUGCUGCAUUCAUCACCACAUGCUCUGAUAGGCUGUCAGUAUUGAUUUAGACUCAGUUUAACAGCAGUUCUUACUGUAACCAGUAGUACAUUCAAAUAUGCUAAUAUAUGUUGAUCUGUCUAUCGGAUGCGUGGAUCUAAAUAGUUGAUCCUAAUAAAUGACAAAAUGUGUUAUCCAUACAAAUACUAAUCUUCCAACUUGCAUAACACUAGUAUUUUAAAUAGAGUAUAUAAGAUAUUUUACAUGCGUUACCCAACAAAAGGAAGUUGAUUUUUUCUAUUAAUUGCUAUCUAACACUGUUAUACUUGUAGAGUGGUGAGAGAGGAAGUUGUUCUGAGAAUGGUCAAUGCUGAAGCAAGCUUUAGAGACCGUUCAGUUCUUUGUUUUUAUCAAGACUGCAGAAUUGAAGGGGUUAGGAGGAGUAAAUCGUUUCUCUCUUACUUUUGGGACUCUUACUUGGAGUUGGUUUUCACAUAUAGAAGGAAAUUAGUUUAUUGGUCUGAGUUCAUUCUAGACUAUCCAACAUAGUUCAGUCUUAAAAUUAACCUGUAAGGUAACUCAAUCAUUUUUUGUCCUUUGAGAGAAAUUGAAGAUACUCGACCCACAUCCACAUCUGUGCCAAAAGAGGUAAUUGUGGUGUUAGCUUGUUUCCCAGUGCUGGCGUAGUACUUCCAUUUUCAUAAAUGUUGCCUAAAAUAAUAUCCUUUUUAAUUUUAUUUUGAGAUCUGGGAAUAUAUUUUGAGUUCCUUUUCUCUAAUUUGAUUUUUUUUUAAAUUAAAUAUGCCUAAUGGCUUUGUUUAGAUAAUUGGUUUUUGUUUUUGUUUUUGUUUUCUAAAAUGUUAUACUUCAGUGAGCUUUUAUUUUCUCUGUAAAAGCUUUGUUUCAUAUUUUGGGACAUUAUGUAAUUUGGCUUCAUACCAGUAUUAUUAAAGUCUUAUUAAAAUCCA